UUUCUGGUCGGGUGGACUGCUCGGUGGCGUUCGGCUGAUGUCGGAGACGGAGGCGGCGGCUGGGCUGGUGUUUGUAUCGGCUGUAAACAGCGGGCCGGGGCGGAAGGCUGCUAUGCGGGUUGUUUGCAGAUCGGUUGAUUCGACUAGAGAACUCGUCUCCUCCUGAUCUGAACUAAUUUCACUCAGAAACUGGAUACAGAAUGCUGGACACGGUGACAGCCGUGGUGAGGUUUGCGCAGUAUGGCAAUGGCACUGCAAUUCCAACAGUGGAGAACACAUCAGUCGUGCCUACGUGGCCAUCUGAAGCCAACAUCAGUCACCCACACAGGUGUCUACAGGUCCUUUACGAGGACAUUGGCAACUCCAGGGUGCGCUUUUGGGAUUUGCUGUUGCUAAUACCUAACGUUGUCUUCCUGAUGUUCUUGAUGUGGAAGCUGCCGUCAGCCCGGGCUAAAAUCCGCCUCACCUCCAGCCCCAUCUUUGUCACCUUCUAUGCUCUGGUUUUUGUGGUGGCAGCAGUAGGAAUCACUCGUGCUAUUGUCUCCAUGACUGUAAGCGCAUCCAAUGCUGCCAUCUUAAUAGACAAGGUGCUGUGGGAGAUUACCCGCUUCUUCCUGUUAACCAUCGAGCUCAGCGUCAUCAUACUGGGACUGGCCUUCGGUCAUUUGGAAAGUAAGUCUAGUAUCAAGCGUGUGCUUGCCAUUACUGCAGUCCUGGCACUAGCAUACUCCAUUGCACAGGGAACCUUGGAGAUCCUGUAUCCCGAUCAACAUCUUUCUGCUGAUGAUUUUAACAUCUACGGGCACGGCGGGCGACACUUCUGGCUGGCUAGCUCCUGUUUCUUUUUUCUGGUUUAUACUCUGAUAGUUGUCCUUCCGAAAACUCCAAUCAGAGAAAGAAUAUCAUUACCAUCUAAGAGAAGUUUCUAUGUGUAUGCUGCCAUCCUGUCCGUGCUGAAUAUGGUGCAGGGUUUGGGAAGUGCUCUGCUGUGUGCUGGCAUCAUAGAAGGCUUGUGCUGUGUUGAUGUGACCACGUUCCUCUACUUCUCCGUCUUUGCACCUCUCAUCUACGUAACGUUCCUCAAAGGGUUUUUUGGCUCUGAGCCAAAGAUCCUGUUCUCCUACAAAUCUCAGAUAGAUGAACCGGAUGAGCCAGAUGUGCACCUGCCUCACACUUCCUCCGCCGGCCUGGGCAGCAGGAAGGACCUCGAGCACAGUCCCUACUCCAACACUCAGAUCGACACAUCAGGGGCCUACCUUGAUGAUGUAGUGUCUGGGCCCUAUGGCACGGGCCACAGCAUCAAUAGCAUCGACAGUGACCGCUGGAGGGCAAUCAAUGCCUAAACGAAAGAAAGAGGAAUCGCUACAAAAAGAACUGGCCACAAAUGGGCUAGAGAUUGGACAUCUUCUGUCUUUCUUUCCGACCGUGAACCGCAUUCCCUUUCCAACAGGCUACGGAUUUAAGCUCAGUUCAUCACAGCGUUGCAUUACCAUUUGUUCUUGAUUUGGUUCUUUUUCCCACCUCGAGAUAAAAUACUCAUAGGUUUCGACUCAUGUUAGAGGGCCUUUGCAAUUAUUUGGUACUGUGUUGAAUACAGUAUCUAGAGCAUUAACUGAGGUUUUAUAGUAAGAGAAGUGAUGGAUUAGACCUGGCUUAGUUAUAAAUGAGCUCAGGCUGAAUCUGCUUAUUCCAGAGAGGUUGAUUUUACUGUCUCACUGUGUGUGCUGAAUUUCUUUUUUUUUCUCCUUUUUUAAUUCUGUUUGGCUGAUGCUAAAAUGAAGCAAGACUCGGGCAAGGUUGUGAUCGUGCUGGCCUAAGUCCAAGUCUGUACUCAUUGCUUUUGUGUGUGUUUUUAUUUAUUUUAGUGAUUCUGCCAUAUUUUAGCAAUUUUAGUCAUAUCUUGUGACAAACGCAGGACUCAAGGCACUAUGGGACACAUCCAACAACAGUGGAAGAACACAAACUUAAUGAAGACUCACUGAUACACACUGCAGAUGUUGAAACUGUCUUUACGUUUGAAACCCAUAAUGUGAUAAAUGUUUGGUGCAUUAACUACCCAUUGAGAACUCAACAUACAGGACACUCUGAGACCAUUUGCCUACGAUCUUUCUACUUCAUACAAAAAGACAGAUGUGUUUUACUGACCAAAAGGGUGUGUGUGAGUGACAGAAAGAGUGUGUGUAUGUAUAUAUGUGGCACCCCUAAUGAAAUAACGUGUUUUGUUGAUUUUUUUCUUUUUAUGUGAAAAUAAAUUCCAAAAUCGUUUACUGCAAUGAAACGUAACUUAAAUAAGGCUUGUUUGCAAAUUUAAAAACAUAUAUAAAAAUAUGUAUUGGAAAAAAGAAACCUAAAAUAUUAAAUGUGCCAUAACUUUUGUACAUGCCACAUUUUAUUUUUUCUCCAAAUAUGUUAAAUUCAGCAAUUAAACAGUAAUUGUUUAUUAAAACAUGCAUUUGUUUAACUUGGGAAAUCAAAAACAUGUCAUUUGAUCAGGGGUUCCCAAACUUUUGCAUAAUACUGUAUAUAUCUAUAUAGAGUAUGAGUUUUAAAUCUUUGACAGUGUUCCUUGUGAUUUUUGUAUUUAAAAUUGGAAUGUUGCAUUGAAAUCAUUGUUGAACUUUUAACAACAUGCCCCAAGGGUCUAUGAAAGAUGUAAUCUGAUAUUUUAAUCUGUUAAUAUGGAUGCUUAUGAUUAUUUAUGGGUGAUGGCAAUGUCAUAUAUUUUAUGUUUGUAGUUCAGUAGCUAAAAUUGCAUUUUGCAGGUUUAGAUCACCUAACUGAAAGUCACAGAGCUCCUUUGCUUAAUUACGGUAGUUGUGCUGUAAUAUUGCCUUAUUGCAUUAGAGCCUGUAUCUAUGAAAAUAGGCUACAAAGAUCAGCAUAGUAGCACAGGAGGUUCAGCAUUACUUUCCGCACUGACUCUUAACACUAACUUACUUCUUUUAUCCAGUAAAACAUUCCCUUAAGUGGUAGAGUAGUAAAAACCCUACAUCAGGAUUGUCUCCAUUAACUAUAAGACUGUUAUGGUACAGUAUGUAAAUGAAAUUUAUUUUUCCAUGACUGUGCAUUGUUUUAUUAGAAGUAGCUUUGAUCACCACAAGUGUUACUGCAGUCCAGUGUUGUACCCUGUUGGUUGUCCCAAAUGCAUGUUGCACCUCUCCACAUUCCUCACUCAGACACUGGCUCAUUUUGGCAAAAUGGUGUCUGACGUUGCUGAAAUGUUACUGUAUUUGUGACUUGUGAUUAUGUGAUGACCAACCAUCGAAACUGCUCGGCCAUUUGAAGGAACGUUUUUCAUUUGAUUUAAAGCUGAACAAUGAUCAUGUAAACAGUGAAUGAUACAGAUGAUUAUGCAUUUAUUUUUUAAAUUAUCCCAGAUUAAAAAAGAAUCAUACAA